CAGAAAGAGUAAAACAGUGGGCGCAUAAACCCGGGAGAAGAGAGAGACCAUACACGACCCGAUUCUGGUAUUGAAGCGAAGAACCUGAACCAACCCUCUCUUCAGAUCUCAAGCCAUGGCCACCUGGCCCUCCUCUUCUAAUCCUGCUAAUCAGGAGGCAGUUCAAAUAAGGAGGAGAAACAAGUCGGAUCAAAUUAAGUUCUUGAUUCCUCUCAUCUACGCCCCUGUUCUUCCUCUCAUUCGACUCACACUAAGGAAACAGCCAGUUUUACGGGAUCGUUUGUUUUUUGGUGUGUUGAUUGGAGCAUUUGCUCAUGGAACUUAUUUGGUGACGGAUCUUUAUGAUGCUGAGAGCAAGUAAAUUUGCAGAGCAUAGUCUGAGAUAUGAGGUAGCUCAGAUCUCUUCAAUAACUUUGAAUUAGUUUGUGGAUUCUUUGCAGCUCAAUGCUUCUACAGCUCCCAGAGUAUACUAAAACAGUUUUGAUAUGGUCUCAUGAUUUCCAAAUUGUAUCCAGUUAUUUAAAUAAUCAACAGUACAUUUCAUUUCCUUUUCACUGGCUCCCAACAAGUUUUCAAGAUUGAUUAACUGAUUACAAUAAACACAUUGAGGCUGUUCUGUUUA